GGGGUCAGAACCUACCCGCGGCCCCACGAAUACCUGAACACUGCUCAGCUCCCCAAGAGCUGGGACUGGCGCAACAUUGAUGGCGUCAACUAUGCCAGCACCACCCGCAACCAGCACAUUCCUCAGUACUGCGGGUCCUGCUGGGCCCACGGCAGCACCAGUGCCUUAGCAGAUCGCAUCAACAUUAAGAGAAAAGGUGCGUGGCCUUCUGCCUACCUCUCAGUUCAGAAUGUUAUCGACUGUGCCAACGCAGGGUCCUGUGAAGGUGGAGAUCACUCAGGUGUUUGGAUGUAUGCACAUGACCAUGGCAUUCCAGAUGAAACCUGUAACAACUACCAAGCCAAAGACCAAAAAUGUAAGAAGUUUAACCAGUGUGGAACGUGUGUUACUUUUGGGGAAUGCCAUGUGAUAAAGAACUACACACUCUGGAAAGUUGCUGACUAUGGCUCCGUCAGUGGGAGGCAAAAAAUGAUGGCAGAAAUCUAUGCCAAUGGUCCAAUCAGUUGUGGCAUAAUGGCUACACCAAAGCUGGAUGCUUACACUGGAGGACUUUAUUUGGAGUACAACCCUUCUCCUACAGUGAACCAUAUUGUAUCAGUGGCUGGAUGGGGUGAGGAAAAUGGAACUGAAUACUGGAUUGUUCGUAACUCCUGGGGUGAACCUUGGGGUGAAAGGGGCUGGCUAAGGAUCGUAACAAGUGCCUACCAAGGUGGAAAAGGAGCAGAAUAUAAUCUUGCUAUUGAAGAGGACUGUGCAUAUGGGGACCCUAUACUUUCAUGAUUGCCCUUUUUUUGGUUUUGAAAUUUGAUUAAGUCUUUUAAUCAAAUCAUGUAUUCUUUCUAAAAGGGCAGUUUUAACUAUUCUGUAGCACUGAAUAACCACAUAGUCAUGAGGAAUCAGCACAGAUCACCACACUGUUUUCAAAGUAAAAUAAUUUUAGAGCAAAGGCCAACUGCUUCUACACGAUUAUUAAAUUUGAAGGCUACAUCUUUAUUAAAAAAAAAAAAAAAGGGGUUGCUGAGAAAAACAGCUCUGGCUGCUUUUUCUGUUGUGCAGUUCUUAACUACAGUUCAUUACUCAGAAACUAGACACACAUCCUUUCUACAGAAGUUCAUCACACUGCAGGUUUGGGAUCCCCUUCCCAUCACCGAGAAACUUUAAUCUGACAUAGGUAAGAUUUACCUGAUACUCUCAGGGAAGAGGUUUGUGUUUACAGAUUUUAAAUUUCAUGUGUGCUCCCUGGAAAAGUUGGGCCUGGAGCUUAAUUUUACAUUAUAUACACAAAGUACAAGGGCACCAAGUAAACUUUUCCCACUGCCCAUGGACUGCGCAGUAAAAGCUAUGGUUUUGUGUUGUACAUUUGAAACAGUAAAGUUACAUCUCAUAUUGUUUUGCUGGCCCUAUGAGAAGGCAUAUGCUGUAUUAUACAUAAAACAAAUUAAAUGUUGAUACUGUUACUUUAUCCAACUGAAAAUGACACAAUAAGAACCAAUGAUCUUCAAAACUACAAGAAAAAAUUAAGACGGUAUAUUGCAGUUAUUCCCUGAACUUUCUUUGAUUUAAUUCCAGACAUAAUUGAAUAGCUGUGCUAUUUUUAUGAGGAUAUUACAUUUUUUAAUUCGGGAGGAAGUGUGGGUGGAUAGGAUUGUCAGAAACCUUGGCUCUUAUUUUAUGUGCAUAACAUACAAGAAGAGAUGGAGUGUUGUCUUUCUCUCGUCUACUUCCUAACAGUCUGUUGUAUCAUGUAAACUAAUGAUGAAAAGUAAAAUCAGUGCCAUAUCAACAAGUGUAAACCUGAUCACAUUUUAAUAAAUUCUCUCUUAUGGGAA